AUGGCCGAAAUAUCUCGCGCUGAGCUCCAAGAAGCCGUGGACCCCGCGAAAGCCACAAUAACAGAUGUAAAGCACAUGUCGUCUUACAACUGGAUCGAAGCAGCAACACCAAUAAUCGUUGUCCCUGGCACUCCGGCACGCUGGACCGCCUUAGAGGGUCCUCGCCAGAUUGCCAGGGACUCUGGCCACAUUUACAUAGCCCAGAAUGCCACGCGCCAUCCAGAGAGCCCUCUUGAGCCGCUGUUUCGCUCCCUCUAUGCCGAAAACGACUCCUUCGACGUCCGCUCCGCCGACGUCAUUACCGACAGGAACAACAUUCGCAAACUCCUCUCGCUUGUCAGUCCGGAGUUUGACAUAAAAAAGGCGGAAGCCUUUACCAUAAAGGUCGAGGUCGUGCAAGAUACGACAACCAUAUUAUGCCGGGACGAAGCUGAGACGCAAUGCAUCAUUGGCCCGAACGAGUUUCGUGCUACGGGCAUGAGUUUGAAAAGGCGUACACGGUGCACCAAGUCCCUGACAGCACGGGCCACCACAGAGUCAUCUCGUAUCGGUUCUGCGGGCUGA